AUGUCAAAGCCGCCGAAGUGGCUUUGGUUUCUGGAUCUUAGUAUUGGUGUCAUAUUCGUUUCCGGCAUUACAUCUUUUCUUAUUUGGCGUCGUUCGGAAGACUUUAGAAAGAAUACUUUCUCUCAUGCACCGCACGUUGCUGAUUAUUUUUAUCGGGCAGAAGAUAUAAUUGGUGGACAGCUUCGAGGAACACGUUUAAAAAGGAAAGAUUAUCAGAAGUGGUUCCCGGAAGAAAACGAAUAG